GCCUUACAGCCUGCCUGGACCGGGAUCCAGACCCGAACUCGACGAACGCCGCUUUCAUUCCGUGGUAGCGUCUGUUCCCUAACUAAACUCUUUCUGAGAGAUUAUCGAAGAGUGAGAUCUGUGGAAAGACAAGUGAUGCAAUUUUGUUUCGGCAAUGGAGGACGAGGAGAAGACCGUACUAGAGGUUCUAUACGAGACCCGUCGACACUCCUCCAGGCCUUACACUUCCAAUUACCCUCCUCGACAGGGCUCACAGAAAAGUGAAGGGAAAGACGGGUUAUUUUCGCUUCUUUCUGUUCGAGGUGUAAGUCAACUUAAAGAGAAAUGGAGCAGUUACUGGCAUCCAAGAAAGUUGAAGAGACGGGUGUCCUUGGUUAUCUCCCCAAGGGGUGAACAUGUGGCUGUGGCAGCUGGAAAUCAGAUUACGAUCUUGCAGAAGGAAGAUGACUAUAGGGAACCUUGUGGCAUUUUCAUCGCUAGCGACCUUGGUACAUUUAUUCACGGGGCUUGGUCAGAAUCUCAUGAUGUUCUUGGCAUUGCUGAUGACACUGAUACACUCUGUUUCAUCAAGGCAAAUGGUGAAGAGAUAACAAGAAUCACAAGGAGGCAGCUAAAAGCAUCUUCAGCUAUUGUUGGACUAAUUGCACAUUACUUUGAUGAUCUAAAGAGAUCUUGCUUGUGUAGCUUUAUCAUUCUCACAUCAGAUGGAAUACUUCAUCAAAUUGAGAUCAGUCAUCAGAUGGAUGCCUCUAUUUCUUCCAUGCAAUCGUCGAUGAGAAGCUCAACAAUAAAGCAUCAGUUUCCUCUGAAUAUAUUAUGCUUCGAUUUUUAUCCACAGCUUUCUUUGCUCGUUUUUGUUGGUAGUGCUGCCAAUAUGUCAGUAGCUUCUAGUAGGAAUUCAGGAUCAUCUUAUCUUUCUAUGUGGCGUAUAUCUCAGCGGUUAGAAAUCAAACCAUUGUCGCUUAUAGAAUUUGAAGGUUUGUGUUCCGCAACAAAGGAUCAGGUGGCAUGCCCAAAGGUGCUAAUCUCUCCACUAGGCAAAUUCGUUGCCACUUUAGAUAUGGGAGGUUGCUUGCAUCUCUUUAGGCUGGAUAAAGAGAGUUGGUCGCUGUCAAGCUUUGCUUUUGGAGAGAGAUUAGACUCACAAGCAUUCAAUAAAUCAUCGAAUGGGUUGUCAGAAAUUUCGAGUGAUAUUGUGGAUUUCACUUGGUGGUCUGACCGUAUUGUUGUUCUUGCAAAACGCAGUGGUAUUGUUACCAUGUUUGACAUUCUUUGCGGCGUGAAACUUCAAGAAGAUGAUCCUGUGUAUUCCAUGCCUGUUUUAGAAAGAGUUUACCAGUUUCAAGGACACCUAUUUAUUUUAGAGAGUAUUUUGCCUCAAGAGGGUUGCAAUAAAUUUAAUUGUGAUAAAAAAAUUACCGAUUUACAGUGUUCAGAGGAGAUUGCUGAAGACAGAUUUGAUCAAUUUGAUAUUUCUCGGUUGUGCUGGUGCUUGAUAUCAUUUUCGCAGAGGUCUGUUCUUGAAAUGUAUAAUAUCUUAAUCAGUGAUAGACAAUAUCAGGCUGCCUUGGACUUUGCUGAUCAUCAUUCAUUGGAUAGAGAUGAGGUUCUAAAGUCACAAUGGUUGCAUUCUGGGCAAGGAGUAGAUGAGAUAAAUAUUUUUCUGUCAAAUAUUCAGGAUCAAGCUUUCGUGCUAUCGGAAUGCAUAAAUAGAGUUGGCCCAACUGAAGAUGCUCUGAAGACUCUACUUGCAUAUGGUUUGCGUCUUACUAAUCAGUAUGGUUUCUCUGAGUCGGGAGAUCAUGAAAGUCCCCAACUUUGGGAUUUCCGCCUGGCUAGACUUCAAUUAUUGCAAUUCGGAGAUAGGCUAGAGACAUAUCUUGGGAUAAACAUGGGCAGGUUUUCUGUGCAGGGAUAUAGCAAAUUUCGUGACAUGCCUAUUAGUGAAGCUGCUCUGGAACUGGCUGAGAGUGGAAAAAUUGGGGCAUUAAACCUGUUUUUCAAACGUCAUCCCUAUUCAUUGACUCCUUCCAUGUUGCAAAUAUUAGCUGCUAUUCCAGAGACGGUCCCUGUACAGACAUAUGGACAGCUUCUUCCUGGGAGGUCUUCUCCAACAAGCACCGCCAUUAGGAAAGAAGAUUGGGUUGAAUGUGACAAAAUGGUCACAUUUAUCAAUAAAUUACCCGAAAACCUUGAGAUUGGUUUACGGGUCAAAACUGAACCCAUUGUCAAGCAGAGCACGGAAACUUCUUGGCCAUCAAUUAUUGAGCUUUCGGCAUGGUACAAGAGUAGAUCUAGAGAUAUUGAUUCCUACAGUGGCCAACUAGAUAACUGCCUAUGCUUGGUUGACUUUGGUUGUCUUAAAGGUAUCUCUGAGCUCCAAAGGUUUCACGCGGAUGUCUCAUACUUGCACCAACUUAUUUAUUCUGAUGAGAGUGAUGGUGAAUUAUGCUUGAAUAUGACUCUUGCCACAUGGGAACAAUUAUCUGACUAUGAAAAAUUCAGAGUCACACUUAGAGGAGUCACGGAAGAAAAUGUGGUUGGAAGGUUGCAUGAUAAGGCAAUUCCAUUUAUGCAAAAUAGGCUUCAUGAUUUGACCUCAGUCACUCAAGAUCAGGUAACAGAUGUCCAGUUUUCAGUGGAUCCUAAGGAUGAAUCAUUUCUGGUUAGAUGGCUGAAGGAGAUUGCUGUAGAGAACAAAUUAGAUAUAUGCUUAACUGUCUUUGAGGAAGGGUGCAAGGAGUUUCCCAGUAAUGGCUUUUUUAGGGAUGAGGUUCAAGCUAUAGAUUGUGCUAUUCAGUGCAUAUAUUUGUGCACAGCCACAGAUAGGUGGAGUACCAUGGCUAGCAUAUUGUCAAAACUUCCGCAGAAGCAAGAUACUGAGAUACAUGAUGAAGACUUGUUAAAAAGAAUUAAACAAGCAGAAGCACAUGUUGAAGCUGGAAGAAUUUUGGCAUUUUACCAGGUUCCAAAGCCAAUGAGUUUUUUCCUUGAAGCUCAUGCAGACGGAAAAGGUGUAAAACAGAUCCUUCGCCUCAUGCUCUCGAAAUUUAGUCGACGGCAGCCUGGCCGAUUAGAUAAUGAUUGGGCAAGUAUGUGGCGUGAUAUGCAUUGCUUGCAGGAGAAGGCAUUUCCUUUGUUGGACCUAGAGUAUAUGUUGAUGGAAUUCUGUAGAGGACUAUUGAAAGCUGGAAAGUUUUCGCUUGCGAGAAAUUAUCUGAAGGGUACAAGUUCAGUUGCCUUAGCACCAGAGAAAGCUGAAAAUCUUGUUAUUCAAGCUGCGAGGGAGUAUUUCUUCUCAGCUUCGAGUCUUGCUUCCGCAGAAAUAUGGAAAGCUAAGGAAUGUCUGAACAUUCUCCCUAGUAGCAGAAAUGUUAAAGCUGAGGCUGAUAUUAUCGAUGCACUAACUGUUAAGCUUCCAAAUCUUGGAGUAACUCUUCUACCCAUGCAAUUUAGGCAAAUAAAAGAUCCAAUGGAAAUCAUCAAAAUGGCAAUCACUUGUCAAGCUGGAGCUUAUCUACUCACAGAUGAACUUAUUGAGGUUGCUAAACUUCUUGGGAUGAACUCGUCGGGUGAUAUAUCAACUGUUCAGGAAGCUAUCGCUAGAGAGGCUGCUGUUGCGGGGGAUCUACAAUUGGCAUUUGACCUCUGCCUUAUAUUGGCGAAAAAAGGGCAUGGUCUCAUUUGGGACUUAUGUGCGGCAAUAGCAAGGGGUCCAGCGCUGGAAAACAUGAAUAUAAGCUCCCGAAAGCAGCUACUUGGUUUUGCCUUGAGCCAUUGUGAUGAGGAAUCAAUCGGUGAGCUUCUCCAUGCGUGGAAGGAUUUAGACAUGCAAGGUCAGUGUGAAGCUUUGAUGGUGUUGAAUGGGACAAAUUCUCCUAAUUUUUCAGUUCAUGGUUCCUCAGUCAUCUCACAUCCAGUCUAUAGUAUUCAAGAUAUGGUUGACCUAAAAGAUUGCUCUGAGCUGGUGGAGGAAGUCAAUAGUGAUGAUCAAGAAGUUUACUUCAAUAAGAUCAAAAAUAUUCUUUCAGGAGUUGUUAAGGAAUCAACUGUAGAUGGGGGAACAAACUGGGAGUCCCUUUUGAGACAAAAUGAGAAAAUAUUGUCUUUUGUUGCUUUACAACUCCCAGGGUUACUUGAAUUGAGUACAAAAGCAGAAUAUGGUAAGAAGAAAUUGAUUUCUGGAGUUUUUCGAGGUAGUCAUAAUGUAAGCAUAAGAACACAAUCCAUGGUGACUAUACUUUCCUGGUUGGCAAGGAAUGGUUUUUCUCCCACCGACAGUCUGAUUGCCUCUUUAGCAAAAUCUGUAAUAGAACCGCCGGUCACUGAAGAUGAAGAUGUUAUUGGCUGCUCUUUCCUGUUGAAUCUUGUUGAUGCCUUCAACGGAGUGGAAGUAAUUGAGGAACAGCUGAAAAUGAGGGAUAAUUACAAGGAGAUUUGCAGUAUUAUGAAUGUGGGAAUGACAUAUAGUUCAUUGCAUAACUCUGGAUUGGAAUGUGAGGAUCCUGCUCAGAGGAGGGAACUGUUAUUGAGGAAAUUCAGAGAGAAGCAUGCAUCACUUAAUACUGACGACAUAAACAAAAUUGAUGAAACACAGUCCUCAUUUUGGAGGGAAUGGAAGCUGAAAUUAGAAGAAAAAAAACGUAUAGCAGAUCAUUCAAGAAUGCUGGAGCGAAUAAUUCCUGGCGUUGAAGCAACACGCUUUUUGUCUGGUGACUCUAGCUACAUUAGAAAUGUUGUUUUCUCCUUGCUUGAAUCAAUAAAGUUGGAAAAGAAGCUCAUUUUGAAGGAUGUGUUGAACUUAGUUGAUACCUAUGGCUUGAAUCGUAUUGAGAUUGUAUUACAAUACUUGAGUUCUGUAUUUGUUUCUGGAGCUUGGACGGAUGAUGAUAUCAUGGAUGAAAUUUCCAAAGUCAGAGGAGAAAUAAUUGGUCAUGCUGCUGAAACAAUUAAAACUGUUUCCUUGGUUGUAUACCCUGCAAUUGAUGGGUGCAACAAGCAGCGCCUUGCUUGUAUAUAUGGCCUCCUGUCAGAGUGCUACUUGCAGUUGGAGAGAGCUGAGGAGCAGUUACCAAUGAUACACCAAGGUCCAGUGCACAUACCAACUCUUGAAUUGGCUCAUUACUACAAGAUUAUCGAGCAAGAAUGCAGGAAGGUUCUUUUCAUAAAGAACCUGAACUUUAAAAAUAUUGCUGGGUUGGAUGGUUUGAAUUUGCAAAACUUUGAGAGUGAAGUCUACACGCACCUUGAUAAAUUUAGCUUGGAACCUCUGGCUGAAAUGGUACAAAAUCUGGUCAGCAUCUAUCCUGAUCCAGUGACAGAGGGUCUCAUCUUAUGGCAGGAUGUAUAUAAACACUACAUUUUCAGUUUGUUAACAACUUUAGUAACCAGAGCCGAGAAAGAGUCGAGAGUUGGAGAUCCUGAGAAUUUCGUGGAUGUAAUUACUCAAGCUGAGGAAACCUACGAUUUAUGCAAAAGUUAUAUUAAACUCUUGGCUCCUUUGGAUGCUUUGGAAAUUAUGAAGCAGUAUUUCAAGGUCAUCAUACCUUUACAUGGUGUCUAUGGGAAUAUACCAGAUAACUCAACAUGGCAGGAUUGCCUAAUCAUCCUUUUGAACUUUUGGAUCAGAUUGACAGAAGGAAUGCAGGAAUUUACAUCCACUGAUAAAGCUGAAAAUCUCUGUUUCAGACCACAAUCCUUGAUGAGUUGCCUAAAGGUUUUAAUGAGGCUGGUCAUGGAGGACAUCAUCGCACCUAGUCAGGGCUGGGGCUCCAUUAUUGGCUAUGUCAAUCAGGGUUUAAUUGGUGAUUUUGCUACUGAAACUUUAAUUUUCUGCAGAGCCAUGGUAUUUACUGGUUGUAAGUUUGUGGCCAUAUCUGAAGUCUUUUCUGAAUCAGCAUCAAGCUGUACAACAACUGAUACUGAGAUCCAGGAUCUUCCCUGUCUCUAUCUGUGUAUGUUGGAACCAAUUUUACAAGAGUUGGUUCAUGGUUCAAACGAAAAUCAGAACUUGUACAAUCUGUUAUCAUCUCUGAGUAAGUUGGAAGGUGAAAUAGCAGUUUUAAAGCGGGUCAGGCAUGUAGUUUGGGAUAAAUUGGCCACAGUCUCGGAUGAUCCUCAGCUACCGAGUCACAUUCGAGUUUACAUCUUAGAGCUUAUGCAAUUCAUCUCAGGUAGAACUGUCAAAGGUUUCUCAGCAGAGAUAACACAAAAUGUUGUACCAUGGGACGAAUGGGAUGAACUGCUUUGUACAAGUCAAAAACACAAGACAACUUCCAACCAGGGUUUACCAGAUCAUAUAGAUUCUUCUAGCAGGUUUACAAGUACUCUGGUUGCCCUUAAGUCGUCUCAGCUUGUGGCAGCCAUCUCACCAAGCAUGGAGAUUACCCCGAAUGAUCUCUUAAAUGUUGAGACAGCAAUUGCCUGCUUCUUGAAGUUGUGUAGUGCUUCCAGUGCCAAUAUUCACUAUGAUGUUUUGGUUGCAAUAUUGGAAGAGUGGGAAGGGCUCUUUGUGAUUGGGAAAGAGGAGAUAAAUUCUGCAGAAUCAUCUGAUGCAGGAAACAACUGGAGCAAUGAUGACUGGGACGAAGGAUGGGAAACCUUCCAGGAAGCAGAACCUCUUGAGAAAGAGGAGGAGAACUGUUUCUCAGUUCAUCCUUUACACACAUGUUGGGCGGAGAUCUUCAGGAAACUUAUCGCGGUAUCCCAGUUCAGAGACGUAUUAAAAUUGAUUGACCAUUCCUUUUUGAGGUCUAAUGGAGUAUUGCUCAAUGAAGAUGAGGCCAGGACCUUAAGUCAGAUUUUACUGGGAAAGGAUUGCUUUCUGGCUCUAAAAAUGGUGCUUUUGCUCCCAUACGAAUCAGUGCAGUUUCAGUGUUUGGAUGAAGUGGAAAACAAGCUGAAACAAGGUGGUGUUUCUGACAUGAUUGGAAGUGAUCAUGAGCUCCUGAUGCUUGUGUUAUCUUCUGGAAUCACUUCAUCUGUUGUCACAAAGUCUUAUUUUAGUAAUACUUUUUACUAUGUCUCAUAUUUGGUUGGCAAUCUUUCUCGCAAGUAUCAGGAACUCCACUUAUCAAGGCUCGCCCAGGGAGGAAGGAACCAACUUGAGGACAACGAAUUAUUCGUAUUUGCGAGACUGGUCUUCCCUUGCUUCAUAGCAGAGCUUGUGAAGGCCAAUCAACAUAUCUUAGCAGGAUUUCUCGUCUCAAAAACCAUGCACACAAAUGAGUCUCUUAGUCUUCUUAAUGUUGUAGAAGCAAGUCUUUGUGGGUACUUGAAAAGACAGCUCCAUGUUCUUCAGGAGGGCGACAUUGGGCUUGAGGUGAAGAGUUUAUGCGAAAUAUUAAAGGGUACAGUUUCCAAAUUGAGGGGCAAGUUACCGAAUCUGAUCCAAUCUGCUUUGUCAUUGUUUUCUGAUACUGUAGUGUGACAGAAUUCAGUGCUGGCCUGCUGAAGAUUUGUACAAAAUGUAUUACAGAAGGUAAACCUUUGUAUACUUAGAUGACAUUCCUUUCUUCCGAGAGGAAAUAGGAGUUUUACUGGGUCAGUAACUGUGACCCUGACCCAUCUAUAAAACGCAUCUGAUUUAAAUUUUUAAACUUGUGUGCAUCUCUAUAUAAUCAAAGCUUUUCUAGUUGCGCCAA